AUGGUCUCCACAAGAUCUUCGAAGGCGGUCAAGCCUACGUACGCUGAACGCGUCCUAGGGGCGUUCGGUCAAAUUCAGAAGGAACAGAAGAGGCAUACAGUUCAUCUGGCGAGUAUAAGGGCUCAAGUAAAGAAGAAUGCGCAGGAGAAGAAGGACAAGCUUGGGCCAAAUUGGAGCCAGUGGGUGACUAAGGCUGUGGCAAAACUCGAGGAGGAGGAAAUUCUGGAGCCAGCCCCUGCUGCCGGAAGUGUGGCAUUGACGCAGAAAGGAAAGAAAGCCAUUAUGAAUGCUCGAAAAUCCCUGAGGCUAUCUCUUGGCGGAAUAUCUCCAGACAGGUAUCAAGAAGACUCUGUUUGGAAGGAAGUUACAUCUCAAGGUUUGAAGCGUUCCCGUCGUCCUUCCACCGUCCCGGGCUCUAUGGCAGGAGACUCUCCAACAAAGUCCGCGUCUGCCAGGAAGCGUCCGAGAGUAUCGUUCGCUGGCGGGAAGAAGCCUGUGUCUAGAAUGACGAAGGCGGAGCUGAAAGCGGAACUAGCUACUUUGCAGAGGGCCCAUGUGCUUUUACGAGAUACAUCACCUUUGACAGACCUCGACGAUGACGAUGAAGUUGUUACCACUCAGCUCCGAGAAGAGCUGAAGGAACGCGACGAAGAACUUGAAAGCCUAAGACAGCAGCUUGCUUUAGCAAGACGACGCUCCGAGACGGAAAGCAUCAGCUCCGGCCGUUAUGCCACUCCCGAGAAUUUCGCAAGGCCGGCCACCCCUCCACGUCAGACGAACGUUGUCACUUCUCGACAGUAUCCCGGAGGCGUCGUUCGUACUGAAUCGGGCUCCUUCAUCCCUGUUGUAAGCAAGCAACCGACUCCCGCUCCGAGCUCCCCAGAAAGAGAUGUGCCUUACAAUGAGAGAGACGUCGAGCUCCCUGACUUCGACAUGGGAGACUCUGCUAACCCGACGGUCUCGAGCGACGAUGGGCCCGCCCUCGUCGCGUCAUUGAAGGCCGAGGUACAGACCCUGCAGACGCUGAUCGCCGGGAAGACAGGCGAGGUUACCGUGCUGGAGAAGACGGUGCAGUCGCUUGAGUCUAUGGUACGCGAGCGCGACGCGAUCGGCGACACCUUGCGUGCCGAGGUCACCGGGAUGAACCAGUCAUGGAGACAGGCAGAAGAAAAGGUGACCGCUCGGGAUACCGAGCUUGCUACGUUGCAGGGUGUUGUCGAGAGCCUGCGCGCUGAGGGCGAAGGGUUCAAGAAUCGCCUGACUCUUCUGGAAUCCGCGAACGCUCGCCUUGAGUCUGAGCUUGAGCAGAGCCGUAUCGAAUACAUCAACGUCAAGAGUGAGAAAGACAGCCUGGCAACCCUGCUGAAGGCUGCGAAGAAUGAGAUCGCGUCACUCGAGCUCUCCGAAGUGGAGAAGAAAGCAAAAAUCCACGCUCUCAUCGAGUCUCUUGAGAACUCGGCCAACGAGGUCCAGAUGCUACGCGAAACUGGUGCGAAGCUCGAGGAAUCGCUCUCAAAGUACAAGUCAGAGCUUCAACAACAACGAGAAGCCUUGGUCGAUCUUGAGAACCGUCUCCGCGACAGGGACGCCGAAGUCGAGCGCCUUUCCACACGGUUGGGAGGCGCGGAGUCGUCGGUCGAGGCGAUCUCGGCGAAGUUGACAGACGCGGAAGCCAUGGCGGCAGCGCUCUCUCUCGACCUUUCCCUUGUCAAAACGGCCGCCGGGAACGUCGAGGCGACGCUUGCCGAUACAAGGACCCAGGUUGAAGUGGAGGAAGCGCACCACCGACGUCUCGAAGAGGAACUGGCUGCGAAAGACGGCGAGAUCUCUUCUAAGGAACGCGAUGCGGAGGCCCUGCGUCUCACAGUCAGAGGCUUGAAAGAUGAGCUGCGUGCGAAGGACGACGCGAUCCACAAACUCCAAGGCGAGUUCGAGGGCACCCAGCGCCGACUCACGACGACAGAAACAGCGAGGCUUGCCGAUGGACAGCGACACGAAGCCGAACGCAGGUCACUCUCAGCGCAGAUCAUUGACCUCCAGACUUCCCUCGAUUCCGCAAGGAGCCGAGCCGACGGACUUAGCUCGCAGCUACGAACGGCUGAGGCGGAGCAGGGGGCGUUGCGGAAGGACUUGGCGGAGAAGAUCGCGGACAUAGCGAAUGCCAACGCCGAGUUGAAAGCAGGAGAGGAGGAGCGGGCCGCGCUUGAAGCCGAUUUGGUAGCGCGUGUCGGGAAAACUCAGGAGCUCGAGGGGGAGCUCCGUGCCUUCAAGAUCGCGAAGGAGGCAGAUGAGAGGACGAUAGUAGCGUUGAAGGCCUCGUUUGUGAGGAUGAAGGAGGGACAGGCGAAAUUGUUUGGAGAUCUGGACAAGACGAUCGCGUCGGCCCAGGCUUCUUCGGCGCCUAAUGCCGAUACGCAGGCUGAUGUCAUCAAUGCGCCACGCCCGGCAUCUAUCCCACGAUUCUGA